UAUUAUUAAGAUAAUAUAAAAACGGUCAUCUUAGGUUUGGUUUAUCGGAUUAAUUGGUGUUUUUUCUCUGUGAUUUUUUCAUUGCAUGAACCCUGAAUCGGAGAAAAACAACAAAACCCAUCUUCUCCUCGAAGGAAUUUCGCUCCUUUCGUGCGGUUUCUCGGCAGUGGGGCCGUGGAUUUCUCCGAGGACAAUGAGGUGGGAGAGGGCCGAGCAGGGCAAAGAAGCCGUUAGCGGCGGCGGUGGGCCCGGGAAGAGGUGGGGCCACACGUGCAACGCCAUCAAGGGAGGGAGGUUCCUCUAUGUGUUCGGCGGCUAUGGCCAGGAUAACUGUCAGACAAACCUCGUUCACGUCUUUGACUCAGUUAAGCAAACAUGGAGCCAGCCGACAGUAAAAGGCUCCCCUCCUACACCUAGGGAUAGUCACAGUUGCACUACGGUUGGGGACAAUCUGUUUGUGUUUGGUGGAACAGAUGGGAGGAGCCCGCUCAAGGAUCUGCAUAUAUUAGACACCUCUUCUCAUACUUGGAUAUCUCCAAGUAUAAGAGGUGAGGGCCCGGAAGCUAGAGAGGGCCACAGUGCAACUCUAGUUGGAAAAAGGUUGUUUAUAUUUGGAGGCUGUGGAAAAUCUUCAGAUGACGAGGAAGUGUAUUACAAUGACCUCUACAUAUUAAACACAGAAACCUUUGUAUGGAAGAAGGCAGUGACAACUGGUACUCCACCUUCUGCACGAGAUAGCCACACUUGCUCAACUUGGAAGAACAAGAUAUUUGUGAUCGGUGGUGAAGAUGGCCGCGAUUACUAUUUGUCAGAUGUUCAUAUUCUUGAUACAGAUACUCUUAUGUGGAAGCAGCUUAAUACUUCUGGGCACAUGCUGCCUCCCCGAGCUGGUCAUGCUACUGUGUCUUUUGGAAAGAUAUUAUUUGUUUUCGGUGGAUUUACAGAGGCCCAAAGUAUUUAUGAUGAUCUUCACAUGCUCGAUGUUGAGACAGGGUUAUGGACUAAGGUCAGUACCACAGGUGAUGGACCUUCUGCUAGAUUUUCAGUGGCGGGGGACUCGUUGGACCCAGUGAAAGCCGGUGUUCUUGUCUUUAUAGGAGGUUGCAAUAAGAGUCUUGAGGCUCUCGAUGAUAUUCAUUUCUUACACACAGGGCUUGUGAGGGAACAUGAAAGGAGGCUUGAGAAACUAUCCCUGCGGAAGCAGUUGAAGCUGAAGUGCCAGGAGCAAAACCCGACUCUAGGACACGAUAAAGCUAUCAUUAACGUUGGUGUGAAUGCUGGCAUAUGUCAACCCAUGCCCCUAUCGAUUUAUGGUCAACCAGGUGCUAGCAGCUUCUCCCCCAACUUCUCCGAACCUGUGCAAGCGAAGAAGAUGUUUCAUGCCAAAGUUACCGAAUUGUUGUCUGAGGGGUACUCAAUUGAAACUGUCAUAGAUGGGAAGCCUCUUCGCGGAGUGGUGUUCUCGAAUAAGCCAAGUGCUUUCCACCUAUCUCAUCAAAGUUCCAGCAGGAAACGGACUUUUUCAGAAAUCAACCCUGUCACAUCACAUGGAGAUCACAGCAACAAGAUGAGUACUCCUAGAACAGUCCCCCCCCAAGACUCGGUUGAACAGAGCCGAGCAGAUCAUACACAAGAAAAGACUUCUACUUCCCAGGAGCCCGCGCCAGAAGUUGUUGCUGCACCUUCUCCUGCUCCGAAGAUUGCAGAAACUUCUGGUGCUUCUGCUGCAGACAAGUUCCCUGCAACCGAAGAACCAUCAGCCACUCCAUUAGAUUCAAAGGACAAUCGAGACAAUGAUGCUCCAACUUCCAACCUGGAAGUCCCUGAAGAGAGGCUACCAGCUUCAACUAGGAGCCCUACAAAUUCAUCACCGAAACUAGUUUCUGGAUCGGCAGGUGAUGGCACAGUGAUUGAAGACAAACGUGAAGACAAACAUGAAGACAAACGUGAAGACAAACUGAAGACGAACGUGAAGACCCAGCAAUACUAGGUUGACCGGACUUCGGAGUGUGAUCUGAAGAUAGACACAGACCAACAGUGACUUGUACAUUCAGGAUUCUUUGAUGCGAUAAGUGAUCUGAUAGGAGUCUGCUUUUUCUAACUGGAGUAGUUUGCUUUCUGGGUAUCUAUCAAGUUAGGUUCUUUAGGUUAUAUAUCAGCAAUCAUGACGAACACUAGUUUUCGCAAGAGCAGAUUCUGACAUGGGUUAAGACAAUAGGUGAUGAGAAGAUUUUGAGUUUCCUCCGCGUCCUGUGGGGGAAGGUCCGGAUGCACAGGAGGGAAAGGGGUUCUGUAUUGAGCUUUUUGAUUCUCUUUUUAACAAGGAAAUUGGGAGAGACAAUGAGGACUCCAACUAUUUAAUUGUAACAGCAUAAGUUUAUUGGCUUGCAAAAUUUCAAUUGUCUGAUUGCAUCUUUCA